AUGGUGUCUCUCUCUGGACCCUGGACCUACUGCCUCGCCCCCGGGAGACCUCAUCUCCUCUUUCUCUCCGCCAGACCGAUCCUGCUGCUUCUCCUUCUGGCCGUCCUCUCCUCUUCCCCGGAGCCCUGUUUCCCGCACCCGCAGCCUUGCCACAUCCUUGCCCGGAUAGGACACACCGUGCGCCUCGGUGCGCUCUUACCGACCCGUCAGCCGGCUCGGAUACAAAACGCGCUCAACCGCGCCCUGGCCAGUCUCCGGCACCAGAGCGGAGCGGCAGACUCCUCCACGACGACCUCCCAGACGCCUCCUCUGCUGCCCUACAACCUCACCCUGGAGAUGGUGGCGCGGUCGCCCGCUGGAGGCGACCCGGAGUCGCUGUCCCGUAGCGCCUGCCAGGACCUGGUGGUGAGGGGGGUGUCAGCCGUGCUCGCCUUCCCUCGCUCCAGGGAGGAGCUGAUCCAGGUGGAGUUCCUGUCCUCCUUCCUGGAGAUUCCCUUCAUCUCCAUCCUGGAGGACACAGAGCCGCUUCGGACCAAGAACCGUUUCCAUCUCCAGAUGUCGGCCCGUGUGCCCCCAUCGGCCCUGGGCAGCCUGUUGCUGUCCGUCCUGCAGGGGGGAGAAGGGGAGAGGGACAGGGGAAGCCGGGAAGAGGGGAACUGGGGAGGAGCGGCUGUGAUCUGUCCUGGAUGGGAGGAGGGGGGUGAGGGAUUGCUGUCCCACCUGCAGGCAAACAGCGGUCCUGCGUGGCAUCUGUGGGACAUCAUCAACCUCACGCGCUCUAUAGGGGAAGGCGAUAGAAGGGGGGAGGCAAGCGAGGAGAGGAGGGAGGAUCAGAGGGAGGAGGAGGCCCUGAAUAUCCUCUCCACCCGUUUCCUGCGCUCCCCCUCUCCCAUCUCCUCCGUUCUCCUCUUGGGCUCGGACCCUGAGUGUCUCUCCUCUGUCCUGCGUGCCGCCCAGCGCCUUGCUCCCUCACUACCUGCGCUUCAGUGGAUCAUGGGAUACCCAUUAUCUCCAGACUCGCUACACACUCUGGGAGGACCUCUCGGCCUGUUGGCCUACGGGGAGGUUGGCCGCAAGCCAAUCAGCUUCUACAUCCGGGAUGCCUUGCAGCUGAUAGGCCGAGCAGUCACCGCAGCAACGAUGGUGAGGCCGGACUUAGCACUGAUCCAGAACAUGGUGAACUGUUACGACAAACCAAACCGUCAUGAGCUACCCUCUUCGGGACAGUAUCUGGCCAGGUUCCUCUCCAACACCUCCUUCACAGGGGCCACAGGCCUGAUCCAGGUGGACCCCGGCCUCUCCCGUGUCCUUUCAUCCCAGCUCUUCCAUGUGUGGAGCCUGAAGAGAGGUGCCCUGGGCCAGCCGGCAUGGGUGACUGUAGGCCAGUGGACUCGGGGCAGGUUGGAGCUGGAGGGUGGGGCUCUGGGGCUGGGGGGGGGACUAGGAUUCGGUGGCAGCCCAGGACAGGGCCUUGGGGCUGGGGUGAGGGGAGGCGAUGGCCAGGGGGAUGGUAGCUUUGGAGGACGAUGGAGGCCAGGUCUUUCAGUAGAGGGACACCGCCUAAGGGUGGUGACGUUGGUGGAACACCCGUUUGUCUUCACUCGGGAGGUGGAUGAGGAUGGAUUGUGUCCAGCUGGCCAGCUCUGUCUGGACCCCAGAACCAACCGGUCUGACAUAAUCCAGAUGCUCUUCCACCAGCUACACAAUCCAAACGCUACAGCUACAGACUGGGACGGCAAUGACCUACCAGAGGACCUGAGGAAGUGCUGCUAUGGGUACUGCAUAGACCUGCUGGAGAAGCUGGCAGAGGACAUGGGCUUCUCCUUUGACCUCUACAUCGUAGGAGAUGGGAAGUAUGGGGCGAUGAGCGGGAGCGGACGCUGGACCGGGCUGGUUGGGGACCUGCUGGGCGGAACCGCUGACAUGGCUGUCACCUCCUUCUCCAUCAACUCCGCCAGGAGCAGAGUCAUCGAUUUCACAUCACCUUUCUACUCCACCAGCCUGGGCAUUCUGGUACGCAGCCGAGACACAGCAGCGCCCAUCGGAGCCUUCAUGUGGCCCCUCCACUGGUCCAUGUGGGUGGGCAUCUUCGUCACGUUGCACCUCACCGCGCUCUUCCUCACCCUGUACGAGUGGAACAGCCCCUUUGGCAUGACGCCCCACGGCAGGAACAGGCUUCGCGUGUUCUCCUACUCCUCUGCCCUCAAUCUCUGCUACGCCAUACUGUUUGGACGCACCGUCGCCACCAAGACUCCUAAGUGUUGGACAGGGCGUUUCCUGAUGAACCUGUGGGCUAUCUUCUGCCUGCUGGUGCUGUCCAGCUACACCGCCAAUCUAGCAGCCGUUAUGGUGGGAGAAAAGACCUUCGAGCAGGUCUCAGGAAUUCACGACGACAAGCUGCACCACCCCUCCCUGGGCUUCCGGUUUGGGACAGUGAGGGAGAGCAGCGCUGAGGAUUACAUGAAGAAGAGCUUCCCGGAGAUGCAUGACUACAUGAGGCGCUUCAACCAGCCCACCACUCCCGAGGGCGUGCAUAUGUUAAAGACAGAUCCUCCUGCCCUAGAUGCAUUCAUCAUGGAUAAAGCCCUGUUGGACUUUGAGGUAUCCAUCGACGCAGACUGCAAACUGCUCACAGUUGGGAAACCUUUUGCCAUAGAAGGAUACGGUAUAGGCCUGCCCCAGGGCUCUCCUUUAACCCGUAAUGUGUCGGAGUUCGUGAGCCGCUACAAGUCUGAUGGCUUCAUGGACAUGUUGCAUGACAAAUGGUAUAAAGUUGUGCCCUGCGGGAAGCGAGUGUUUGCGGUCACUGAGACUCUACAGAUGGGGAUCCAGCAUUUUUCUGGCCUGUUUGUACUGCUGUGCAUGGGGGUGGGUGGAGCCUUGCUGACCUUGGCAGGUGAACACACCUUCUAUCACCUGGUCAUCCCCCGCCUACGCCGCACACACACACUGCAGUACUGGCUGCAUACCAGCCAGAAAAUCCACCGAGCCCUCCACACCACUUAUGAGGAUGUAGGGAAGGAGCUGACUGGCCUUGAUCAAAACCCCUCUCCUUGUAUCUCAGAGAACUGCAGCCUUCACAGGAAGCAGCACCAUCCUCCUCCCCCGUCUCCUCCCUCUUCCCUCCCUGCUGCCACCACAGCUGGAGAUGCAGGUAACCCCUCUUCACCGUCCCACGAGCCCAAGGAGAAACGAGUGCACUUUGACCUGGAGACGCUCCACAGCUACCGGCUGCGCACACACACCGCCUCCGUGCGCGGCAGGCCUGGCAUGGUGGGCCGUCCUGGGCUGGGCAUGGGAGGGCUGGGGCUGGGCAACCUGGGGAGUUUUACCUCCCCACCACAGAUCAGCCUCCAAGCCAAUGGGGGCCCUGUCUCGGUGCUGACUUCCCCAGGAUUGGUGCUCACUCCGCUGGGGAGCAGGGCCACGCAGACUUGCCUGUGGGAGGGGGAGCUUCAGGAGCUGCAGGGGAGGAUCGAGAUAUUUCGCACCCAGCUGAGGGAGGCUCUGGCCAGGCGAGCAGAGAUCCAGACCAGCCUGGAGAGAGAGAGGAGCGGGCUGGGCCGCCGGGAGACCAGUUUGGAGAGGGAGAGGGACAGGCAGAGGAUACAAACUGUUAACACGGAUAAAAGUACUUCCAUCCAGUCAAAACUCCCCGAGAGAGACAGGACCAGCCAAUUGCAAACCCUGAAUAAUCAACAAACAGGGAGGCCUAACCAAUCAGGCGGUCUGAACACUCUGGAGCGUGGGAGAAGCAGCCAAUUAAACACUGUUAACAGUUUGGAUAGAGGGAGAGCCAAUCAAUUACGCGCUGUUAAUACUUUAAUGGGAGAAAGGACUGUCCAAUCACGUACUUCCACCAGUUUGGAGCGGGGAAGAGUCAGCCAACCAAGUGCAGGGAACAGCAUGGAGAGAGGACGAACUGUCCAAUCACGGAACACUGCAAGCCUCGACAGACAAAAAGCGAACCUAGCACGCACUCUGAGCGCUUUGGAGAGGACAAAAGCCGACCAAUCAAGUGUAAGCAGUGGGACUUGA